UACGCGAAACCACCAGCGGCGCGGCGCGGCGCAGGGCGCUCCUCUCCCGGCCUCCGUAGUUUAAAAAAAAAAAAAGAAAAAAGAAAAAAAAAAACGGUUACCCAGCAACGAGAUAAAACACUGGAACCAUCCGCACCAGCUUGAAGAGAAAGAAGAGGUACCAUAUAGGCAAUUCUUUCCGAGGAGAUGUCGAUUCCUUUCUCCAACACCCACUACCGAAUUCCACAAGGAUUUGGAAAUCUUCUUGAAGGGCUGACACGGGAGAUUCUGAGGGAGCAACCGGACAAUAUACCAGCUUUUGCCGCAGCGUAUUUUGAGAACCUUCUAGAGAAAAGAGAGAAAACCAGCUUUGAUCCAGCAGAAUGGGGGGCUAAGGUAGAGGACCGCUUCUAUAACAACCACGCAUUCAAGGAACAAGAACAAGUUGAGAAAUGUGAACAAGAAAUAGCUAAGUCAUCUGGAAGAGAAGAAACACCAGUUACUCCCUUCGAGGAAUCUACUGAGGAAGAAAGAGAACAGGAGGAGGCGGCUGCUCUCAAAAUCCAGUCCCUCUUCCGGGGACACGUGGCUAGAGAAGAGGUAAAGAAGAUGAAGUCAGAUAAGAAUGAAAAUCUGAAAGAAGAGGCAGACAAUUGAGACCACAGGUUUUACCCCCCGAAACAUGAAAAGUAAUCCAAAUCCAUC